AUGGGUUACGUCUGUUGGAUGCUCGGUACACCUCUCAUGUUAUUGCUUCCCUUCCUAAUUUUCUGGAUAAUUAUUUCCCCAUCAAGUGUCAAGUUCCAUGUAACUGAGGCCUCCCUAACACAUUUCAACCUCACAAGCAACAACACCUUAUAUUUCAAAUUUAAAGUCGACAUUUCAGCGAGAAACCCCAACAACAAUGUCAAGGUCUAUUACAGAAGGAUCAAAGCAAUUGCUUGGUACAAAGAUAACGACUUUGGCUGGGUGAGUUUGACACCCUUUGAUCAAGGCCACAAGAACACCUCAUUCCUCGAGCCUAUAGUGUUUGAAGGGCAUAGCGCCAUGAAACUUAAACCUCGCCAGAUUGCUGAGUAUAAUGAGGAGACACGUGUGGGGGUUUACAAUGACUUAGCUGUAGAUUUGGAUCUUCGAAUUAGAGCUAAGUAUGGAGGAAUAAAGGGCAGACGUUUCAAUCCACCCAUUGUAAGGUGUCGUCGUUUAAGAGUUCCUUUGAUUUCAAGUGAUGAAUCAACACCUCCUCUCAACCGCACCAGCUGCAGUAGUAGUUAUUUUUUUUUAGUCGUCAUAGUCGUUAUCAUAGUGGUUAUUUCAUGCGACGUUGGUCAAAGCAAAAGUCACGGAAAAUUACAGACUAAUAUUCUACAUGUUGGUGUAAUGACUUAA